CAUAUAACCCACUUCAUGGAGCCCCGAACGCCGUGCUCGAGCACUCGCGACUCCUGCCACCGCUGUCCCCUGCCCGGCAGGCACUCCAGCCAGGCCGAGACCAUGAGGCAGGUGCCAGCCGUGGCUCUGCUCCUGCUGUUGCUGCGGUCCGGAACUCAGGGGGGCGAGGCACUAAACGCCUGCGGGCGCCCGCGGAUGCUGAACCGGAUGGUGGGCGGGCAGAACGCCUUGGAGGGCGAGUGGCCUUGGCAGGUCAGCAUUCAGCGAAACGGAAGCCACUUCUGCGGGGGCAGCCUCAUCACGGACCGGUGGGUCCUCACCGCCGCGCACUGCUUCUCCAACACCUCUGAAACAUCCCUGUACCAGGUCCUGCUGGGGGUGCUGCAGCUGGCGAGGCCAGGGCCACAUGCCGUGUAUGCCCGGGUGAAGCGGGUCGAGAGCAACCCCCAGUACCAAGGCAUGGCCUCUAGCGCCGACGUGGCCCUGGUGGAGCUGGAGGCACCUGUGACCUUCACCAACUACAUCCUCCCCGUGUGUGUGCCUGACCCCUCAGUCGUCUUUGAGUCGGGCAUGAACUGCUGGGUCACCGGCUGGGGCAGCCCCAGUGAGCAAGACAGCCUGCCCAAACCCCGGACCCUGCAGAAGCUCGCCGUGCCCAUCAUCGACACGCCCAAGUGCAACCUGCUCUACAGCAAGGAUGCGGAGUCCAGCUUCCAGCCCAGAACCAUCAAGGACGACAUGUUGUGUGCAGGCUUCGCUGAGGGCAAGAAGGACGCCUGCAAGGGAGACUCCGGGGGCCCCCUGGUGUGCCUUGUGGGCCAGGUGUGGCUGCAGGCCGGGGUGAUCAGCUGGGGCGAGGGCUGCGCCCGCCGGAACCGCCCAGGUGUCUACAUCCGGCUCACCUCCCACCAUCACUGGAUCCACCGGAUCAUCCCAGAGCUGCAGUUCCAGCGGGCAGGGCCGCGCGGUGCCCAGAAGCGGGACCCUCGGAGCUGGCAGCCCCUCAGUCGGAACUCUGCACGCUGCCUGGCUGCCCGAGCCGUCCUGGUCCUCGCAGCCCUGCUCGCUUUGCUCUGAGCCUUGCUCGGGCCGGUGGGCAGUGGCCGCCCAGGUCCACGGUGUACAUUUGUAAAUAGCCCUCCAGUUCCCCCUCCUCUCAAGUUCCCACUUAUUUUUAUUUAUGUUCACUCUCCAAUAAAGACCCAACCUCAGGGCUGGCUGCCUGGACGUGGCCCCUCAGGGGCAGGGCGUCUGGUGCUAGGGAGGGGUGUGGGGGCGAAGCUCCGCACUGGAAGCUGGAUGUCACCCAGCCCCACACGGGCAGCCUCCCCACCCCCCCACCUGUGUCCUUUUUUGCCAACCUGAUUGUCACCAUGUGUCACCAACGGGCACCCGGGGAUGGCACUGGGGGCAGCGACCGACACUGGCAGGGGGGCCCAGCAGAGCUCUGGAGGAGGGGACUCUGCGGGGUGUCAGGGAGCAACCCCUACUGCCUGUCGGACUCACCCAACAAUGUCCCUUGGUGAGGCUGAGAUGCUGUGCGGAGGCAGGGGCUGCUCCUGGUGCCCCAGGGCCCCUUGAACCCCGGCUUCCUUUCCUCCACGCCCUCCCUCCCUCCGUGUCAACCUCCUCACAGGUGAAUCUGAAGUUUUGGGGGUGGGAGGCUGGAGUAGGGGUCCACACCAGCUGGGAGACCAUUUAUCUCCUGUGACCCUGGGCAGCACCUCCACCAGCCUCCCAGGUCAGGCCACAGUGUGGAUGGUGAACUCGCCUGGGCAUACGUCAGGCAAGGCUCCACAGCCACCUGGAAGCAUCCAGGGACCCUGCAGAACCAACAGCCCAGCAGGCUGAACCCCCCCAGACCCGGGGAUGCAGGGGUGGGCAGGGCCCUCCUGGAGACCACACGCUGCCGGCCAGGCUUGGAUGGUGUCACACAGAAGAGGGAGGCCCAGGCCAUGAUGAGGCUUGGAGGUCUGCAGGCCAGGCCCCCAGCAGACAGGCCUCGACAGCUCCCUGGGCCAGGACCGCCCCCUUCCCCCUUGCUCCACGUUUGGGAUUCAGAUUGUUUGCCGGAGCAGUUCAUGGUUUCUGCGAGGACUCCUGGGGAUUCCCUGCCCACAGUCCCCUGGCCCCAGUUCUACUGCCCCUCCUGCCCCUUGUCCCACCAGCCACCCCAUCCCACUCCCUCCUGGCCCAGGAAUCCAGCAGGCGCGGAGCUGAGGCCCGCAGCUCGCUCCGAGCCCUUCACGGCCGCGAUGGUGAGGCUGUCCCCGGAGGCCGCCCCGGGUUCUCCGCCUGGCCUGUGUGUCCACUGCAGGCCUGCAGCCAGCCAGUCCACUCCCUGGUGUUGGCCGAUUCCCAAAAGGCAGCGGCUUCUUGCCCUGCUCAGUGAACACGAGUGGACGAGAGUCCUGGGCCUUGCAUGCUGCACACAUAUGCCCACACAACACACGUGCACUCACGCAGACACACACACCAGUUCCCAUUCACGUGUACACGCACACACGUGCACACCCACGCACAGAGAAACACACAUGCAAGCGUGUGCACGGGCCCAGCUGGCCUGGCUGGUGCUGGGGGAAUGCAGGCCUGGCUGUUUACGGAGCAAACCAGUAAGCACUUAGCAGGCACCUGCUGCGGCCCGACCCUGGGGACGGAGGCAGGAACAAACACCGCGUUCCCGUCCACUCCGCUCUGCCCAGGCGUGCUUCUGGCGGGCAGGGAGCGCUGCCCGGUGGCCCCGGGGAGUGGGCCGUCUGCGAGCUCCUUCUCCAGAGCAGACAUGGGCUCCGAGGCCUCGGGGGAAGUGGGGUGGGGCAGCAGGUGCAACUGAGGCCUGAUGGGGAGGCGGGGGGAAGGCAGGGCUGUGGGCGUCCUGAGUACAGCCCCAGGGGCUGGGAGCAGGGGCUAGCCUGGGUCCUGGCGCCAUGGAGAGGCCACCCUGCCCAGGGGAGUAGACUUCAGGUCCUGCCAUGGUGGGGUCAGAGGAGGGUAGGGCGGCCCACCUGCCAGCUCUGUGGAAAGAGGCCGGGGUGGGGGGGGCACGUGGGGAUCAGGGAGCACCAGGCUCCCCUUGGGGAUCCUGCCACCCCGUCUUCGCCUCCCCCUGCCUGCUAUCCCAGCUUUCUGGGUGCCCUGGGGUCUCCCUCAUGCCACCAGCCUCCUGCCUCUGCCUCGGGGCAGGGGUCUGCUCCAGGUCCAGUGGUUCUAGGGGAGGAGGGGCACAGAUGUCAGGACAGCUGAGCACCCCAGGUACCGCCCCCCCCCACCAGGCUGGGAGGGCGAGACUGCGGUCCUGGGUGGGCCCCAGGGGGUGGCCAGCAUGCGACUCCAGGGCAGGUCCCCCAUGACCUGGGCUCCCAGACACCGGCCCCACCCAGACCCAGGCAGACACUCAAGGAGGUGGGAGGGGAAGAGACUUUAUUGACGCUGUUCACAGUGAGCUCAGAGCUGUAAAGUGUGGGUGGCAGUGUGCCCCCAACUGCCCCACCCCGUCCUGAGGACCCAGCACAGGGGCCUCUGACCACAGGCCCCGGACUGGACCGCCAUCUCCUCUUGGCCCUGUGCUCAGACAGGAGACGGGCAUGAGCUGCGAGACCAGCUGCUCUGCGGCGUCUCCAAGCGCCUGUCGGGCAGAGGGGCCUGGAGGCAGGUCCAGCGUUGCUCUUGACCUCAGGGAGCUGGGAGAUGCCAGGUUUAGUCCUUGCAGAAAGCAAACUCCUUGGAGAAUCUGAAGUCCUCCCCAUGUGCCCCGCUGUACAGGGCACGCCUGGAGCCCCACUCCCACCCCUGACAGGGAAUUCCCACUUGAGCCAAGCGGGCGCUGGAAACAUAACAGAUCAGCUGGUGAGACCAGCCUCUCAGGGUCACAGACGUCCUAACCCAGCCAGGGCGGCUGUCCAGGGAACUGCCCCAAAGCCUGAGGAGCCACCACCAGGGGGAGCUGGAGAGGCUGUUGGGGGGGCACCCAGGGGACUUCAGGGAAAUGUCUCUGAAGCUGGUGCUUCCAGCACACGCUUGACGCAGUAUGGCAUAGGCACUUUUUAAACGAUUCCAAAAGAACCAGGUGAGGCGGCGGGGGCUGGCCUGGCCGCGGGGGUGGGGGUCGGACUGGACAGGGACCCAGGCAGCCAGCGGAGCUGCCAUGAGCCCAAGGUGGUGCUUCCGCGGCAGCAGCUCUUCCGUGCGCUUUAAGACACUAACAGGUGUUCUGCUCAGUCAUAAAUACACAAUUUUAUUUGCUAUUUUCAGGGGAAACUUAGGCAUUAAACUGUAAGCUGAUAAAAUACGGAUACCUAAAAAAGUACAAAAGUAUAAAUAUCCCCUUAGAAUAAAUUUUAGUGAAUUAAGUUUUAAUAUCUUUAAAUUAAAAAAACGAACAAACCACAAGCCUAUCUAUUAUGUCAAGGUCACAAAUCAAACGACGCGAAGCAGUCAGCAGCGCCCCAUGGUAUCCCCGAGGCUCCAAGGGGAGGGCGGGUCUCGGGGCCGAGUGUGCCCUAUGGAAAGGUCGGUGUGAAGCCAAAAACGCUGAACCACGCACAACAGACCUUACAAAAGGAGGUAAGUCCUAGUGCUGGAGAACUUGGUUCAUCAGGUAAUAUUGGCAAAGGAGAAGAGGGGCAGGCGAGAAGCCUCCGGUAGCGUCUGGAGCCAGGCAGGUCGGCACCCGGACGGGAUGGGGGUCACAGGUCCCCGACCCGCUGGGGAAGGUCAGCUCUCAAAGCGUGCGGACAGCCGUCCUCAAAGGAAUCCAAUCCGGCAGCUCCAGCAUCAGGCGGGGGCUGGCCAUGCAGGCUCCUCCCCAGCGCCCCAGAAAUGUCAGAGAACUGCAUAGUUACAUGAGCGCGCGCCGGCAGAGGCUGUCCGUGCGCGCCGUCAACACCCGACCGCCAGCGUGGCCUGGAGUCUCAGCUCCGGGAGCCCGUGGACAGGCCUCCCGCCCGCCCUCCAGCCCAAGCGAGAGCAAGGCACUGCGGGGCGCUGGCUGCCCCCGCGCCCCCGGGCGGGCCAGAGGAGGCAAACUCGUCCCGCCCUUUAAGUGAUGGGACAGGUCCGCCCAAAAGGCAGCAGCGCUUUCAGGCGUCUCUAGGAAGUGACCGCGCUGGGAGUCUGUCCACACGGGGAAAGAAAAGACGCCACGGUCUCUUGUCUGGAAACUACAAACGGAGAAGCCUGGGUCAGCCCGGCCAGGUCAGGCCCAGGAAGUAGUGAACACGCGGAGGCCGGGAGAGACCACCAAGCCGUCACGUCUGGGAGGCACAGCAGACCCCCUGCCCCAAGGACCAGGGUGGCCAGAGGGCACCCAGAGCCCGGGGCACUGUGCCCACCUCCUACCAGUGAGGCCCAGGCUCCGUUACAGACUGUUUAUGUAGCACCAAGAACACGGUCCUUGAAAUGAUCUUCGGUGAUAUAAGGGCCAGUCAGGAGCCCUGCCUCGGGCCCGAGCGGCACUUGGGAAACUGAGCGGAGGUCCCCGCAGAGAUGCCCGCCCAGCAGGAGCCGCCUGCGAGCAGCGAUGCCCGGCUUCGGACAGCUGGUCCCGUCUCUCACCACCCACCUCAGAGGCAAAAAAAA